AAGUAAAUGCAACUCUGGCAUUCCCCUGCUUACUACUUUAGCCAAGAGGGAGCAAAAGCCAUGCAGCACAAGUAAAACAUAGACCAGUAUCUAUAGCAAUCAGCUAUUCAGGUGUUUCUUCUCAUGAAUAUACCGAAAGCUGUUGAAAAUAUUUAGGGUUAUGCACAACCCUAAUUCACAAAAUACAAAGCCUUCUCUAAUUCUGUUAUGUCAGACGAAAGGAUGUUUGCUUGUUGACACGUAGUCCGUCCCUUUUCGCAAAGACAGCGUCCAUAUUUAUUGUCAAAGGCGGCAACCAUAUUCCACAAGUCAUUUCAGCCCCCCGACCCCAGUGUAGUGACUGUUUAUGGCCAGAUGCCUGGUUUGAGUUGUGUACAGUAUGUGUCCACGGUGUAUCCCAACUGAAAACGGAGGUUUAAUUAAACACAAAACACGUAGCCUAUUCUUUGUUUUACAUUAGCAUUUGUCAGUCUUCACUAAGGGUGUCAAAAUGUGGAAUCUGUUAUCAGAGUCUUGACAGUUCAGUGAAUUUGCUAGCUACUGUUGCAAGAUAUAUUGCGACAUAUUACGGGGACAGAUCAUUUGUCAGCUAAUUAUUAACUUCUCCAGGACACAAGCACUUGUGGAAUGCCGCAGCUUGCAGAAAGUUUGCACUGAGUAUCCUCCCAUUAUCCACCUCCCUCCAAACUGACACGGGGGUAUUUCACCGUGACCGAUCACUCUCCGGAGGAAGAUGCAUUGCCACGGCAGCUUGGUUACUGUCUACUGCUGCGUCCUGAUCGCGGGGGGCAUCGGGUUCAGCCUCAGGCAGGUCCGCAGGCAGACCCCCUAUGGCCGCUAUGCGACGCAGGUGGCGUCGCGGCGCUGGGUGCCGGCCAAACCCGCCUGGUUUGUCCAGGAGCUGCCAUCCUUCCUGGUGCCCGUGCUGCUGUUUUGGGGCACAAUGCCGAAGCUGGGGUUGGGAGAAACUCUGCUGUUCUGCCUCUUCUGUGGCCACUACUUCCAGAGGACGUUCGUGUUCUCUCUGCUGACGAAGGGCCGUUCCUCCCCCCUGCGGAUUGUACUGUCCUCCCUGACCUUCUGCUCCGUCAACGGAUUCGUCCAGAGCCACUACCUGCUGCACUGUGCCGCCUACGGCGACGCCUGGCUCGCAGACUGGCGGCUGGUGCUCGGACUUAUCGUGUUUUUUAUCGGAAUGGGGAUAAAUGUCCACAGUGACUACAUAUUGAGAAACUUGAGGAAACCUGGAGAACUCCACUAUUCAAUUCCCAAAGCGGCCUGGUCCAUGCCUGCCCUUUCCUUUGCGGUCUUCACGCUGUGCUCCAUCGGACCCCGCGCUUACCAUCAUCACCGAUUUUACCUGAAGAUUUUUUCAGAUUACCCACAAUCAAGAAAAGCAGUAAUACCAUUCCUAUUUUGAGAGACCCGGUCAUCGACCAUCAUACUUGGGAAAACUAACAAAUUACAGCCAUACUAAACUUUCCAAAAUGCCUAGGAGUAUCCUGAAAAGAAUCAUCUCUCUAUGAUGCCGUUAACCUCCUGGAUUCAUGCAUUCCGAGCAAACCAGCGCUGCAUUAAUAGUUUUGGUCUGACGGCAGUUAGCCAGUCUGAUCGAAGGACCGCUGUUAAGAUCUGCACGAAACCCCAAUCUGCACACUGGGAUUGAUCUGGAUGCAUGAGUUUGUAGCCUAUCUGUAGGUGUAGUCUAUCUCGCAGACAGUAAAGAUGGUGAAGUUAAAUGUGCAGUUAAAUGAAGGUACUCUUUGUCUUUUUCAUGAUUUCAUCAAAGGGUACAUACACUAUAGAUAAAUGAUAGAUGUUUGUUCACCUACCUGCAUGUCAUUGGAGAGGAAAUGCACACAACACAGGUCUGCCCCCCCCCCCCAUAGGUCUGACGCCACCCUGCUAUCCCCACAAGGCUUGCAGCAACUCAUUUUGCAAGGCCUGUGGUUCAACUGGCAUAGCAGACACUAUGUUGUCCAUUGGCUAACUUUUAACUUACUAUUUUGACAGAGGUUAAGGGUACAACUUAUGAUGUUGGUAUCAUUUUAGACUUGUUGCAAUACAAGUAACACUAAUUAAAUUUUAAAAGCGGCACCCUGCCAACUCAUUAGAAAGGCAAAUAAGAUAAAUGUUCAAGUGAUUUAAGAAUAAUAAUUACAGAGUAAUUUCUCAGGGAAUAGCACUGUAGCCUCACGCCUGCAGAACUGCAGGUAUGAUUCCCAGCCCUUGCUGUGUGUGUGUGUGCAAUUUGCAUAUUCUCUCAGGUACUCUGGUUUGUCUCAACGCAGUCUAAUACAGCGUGUGUUUAGGUGAA